AUGAGUUCUGACCAGGAGGAGUAUGACAUGGUCUGUCAGAAAGCUGUGACCCUAAUUGUUGACCUCUGCCUGCACAACAGCACCCUGUUGGAUCAGGAGACCUGUCAGGAUUUCAUCUUCAUCUUGACCAGCCAGGGCUUUGAUCACAAAGACGCAGAUACAACAAGGUAUCGGAAGCAUUUCUCAGAGAUUUUUGUCGACAGCGACAGAACUCUCGGUGAGCUGAACACAGAUUUGCUAAUUGACAUCAUUCCUGGAGAGAACAAGAAAGAGAGAGAGAGAGAGAGCCAGAAAGGAACAGAGAAACAGGGAGGGAAAAGUGAGAGUGAAGGAUCAAGAGAGGGAAAAGUGAAAGGCGCUGUCACUGACGCUACUUUUGGCCUUGUGCUCGCUGUGUUUCUUGUUUGCGGCCUCGCUCUGCUGGGCCUUCUCACAUUAGUCUCCUGGAAGCUUUGCUGGGUGCCUUGGCGGAGCAAGGCCCAGUUCCCAAGCCCAUCUCUCAGCCCGGCCUGUGGCCCGCAGCACUGCCCGCUCCAGCCGUCCCUCCCUCUGCCCAGUCCCCAGCAGCAAGUGAUCACCAUGGCGACAGAGAAGGUGAAAGACCCUGUGGGUUCAAUGGGCUUCCUGGAGGCGGCCGUAAAGAUAAGCCAUACUUCCCCCGACAUCCCCGCCGAUGUGCAGCUCUCCAUGAGGGAGCACUUCCUGCGCCGCACACAGCGCAUGCAGAGGCAAACCACUGAGCCGGCCUCCUCCACACGGCACAACUCGUUCAAAAGACACCUCCCCAGGCAGAUGCAGGUGGGCAGCUUAGAUCUGGGAAACGACUACAUGGUGGACAGGGAAGAAAAGCCAACCAGCCUGGGUCGCAUCCAGCCAGAGCUCUACCAGCAGAAGGCCUCUGAGUCAGAGGAAUCGUCCAAGAAUGGCGGCGAAAAAAACUGUGGCAGGAUUAACUUCUCGCUCAAGUAUGACUACGAAAAUGAGGCGUUGCUUGUCAAUAUUCUCAGGGCUGUUGACCUACCUGCCAAGGACUUGUGUGGCACCUCUGACCCUUAUGUGAAGGUCUACCUGCUGCCUGACCGCAAGAAGUUCCAGACGCGCGUCCACCGGAAGACGCUCAAUCCCACGUUCAGCGAAAGCUUCCAGUUUCCUGUGCCUUACGACGAGCUGCCUGUCAGGAAGCUACACAUGAGCGUCUUUGACUUUGACAGAUUUUCCCGGCAUGAUAUGAUCGGGGAAGUGGUGCUGGAAAAUUUGUUUGAGAUGUCGGACCUGUCGAGGGAGACGAACAUAUGGAGGGACAUCCAGUAUGCUACAAGUGAAAGCGUUGACCUUGGGGAGAUCAUGUUCUCACUCUGCUACCUGCCCACCGCUGGCAGACUCACACUAACCGUCAUCAAGUGCAGGAACCUCAAGGCUAUGGACAUCACCGGGUACUCUGAUCCAUAUGUCAAAGUAUCGCUCAUUUGUGACGGCAGACGUUUGAAAAAGAAGAAGACGAGCAUUAAAAAGAACACCCUGAACCCUACAUACAACGAGGCCAUCAUCUUCGACAUCCCUCCAGACAGCAUGGACCACGUCAGCCUGCACAUCUCUGUGAUGGAUUAUGAUUUGGUGGGUCAUAAUGAGAUCAUUGGUGUGAUGAGGGUUGGAAGCCAUGCUGAGGGACUUGGCAGGGACCACUGGAAUGAAAUGCUGGCUUAUCCACGGAAGCCUAUUGCACACUGGCAUCCCCUCCUGGAGUCCAAGAAAUCUGAGAAGGAGUGGAAAGCAAGAACUGCCAGCUUUGACAGCCAGGGCUCUUGCCCCUCACCGAGGCCCCCUGCUAGUCCCUGAGAUGAGCUACCUGUGACCCAACAGCCCAGAAGGGGUUUCCUCCCUCCUCUUGAUCCACUUCCUCUCUGUGUGGUUGAGGAGAAACACAAUCCCACUGUCUCUCCCUUCUUCCUCUCUCUCUGUCUCUCACUCCCAAAUCCUUCACUUCCUCAAAUCUAGUCCCAGAGCACUCCCAAGUACUGAACUAGGACUUUCCGUCUGUCAGCUAAGAGAAGCUCAGACUUUUCUCAACGUGGCUGGUGUGAUAGCCUGAAGCUAGCAUUGUUUUCUAGGAGACUUGCUGGAAAUCCUGUCUGCAGACAUUGAUUGUUGAUUUGUCCAAGCUUAGGUAAAUCGAGCUUGUUGGCAUCACAAAGGACCUGGAAAAACAGAGGUUUUAACUAUGAGCCAUGGAGUCUCUUUGAUGGAAAAGGCCCUGUUGGAUAUCACUCCAUGUAAGCAGCAGAUGUUUCACAAAGGGAAGCUGAGCACAUGCAUUGCCAAGCAAGGGAAAAAAGAGAUGAUUUUUAAAAACAAGCUGUUUUAGAAGUCUAUGGCUCACUCACAUUUAUUUUUGCAGUCCUGAAUUAACAUAUAGUACUCCUUUUUUAAAUUAUUUAUAUAUAUAUAUAAUUAGCUUUAAAAUGUAUUUAGUUUAAAAUACUAUCUAUUUCAUUAUAGCUUAAGAUGUUUGUUUUAUUUAUGAGAGGAAGGGUCAGGCUGAAAUCUCAAGUAUCUCUUCGGUGUAGCUUUCAAAUUCUGAAAAGAAAAACAAAACAAGGCAACAGGAAUUCAGAGUUGAGCAACCUGGUUUCCACUGCAGUUCAAAAGUUCAGGGAACUUACAAACUUCACAAUGUCACGAAGGCACAGGAGUCUGACACUGUUAAAAAUAACAAAUAUUAAAACGCUUUGUGUAAAAACAAGUGAAGCUGUUAAUGAAGAGAGGUGCAAAGAUCUCCGUCAACAGGGACUUUUCAAGCACACUUUUAACACUGGAACCUUUUUAUCACCUUGGUGUUCAGUUUCUUCCAAAAUAAAACAGAAAUGCUUGAUUUUCUUCCAAAAUACGCUACAAAAAAGCACUUUUGUCUCCUUGUUAGGUUUAUUUUUGUUACUUAUUUUGGUGGAUGUAAAUAUAUUUAUGUACAGGUGCUCUGCUGUUUGUUUUCCUUUCCUAAAUUAAAGAAUAUAAAAUGAGAACAUAAGUAGAAUUUUAAAAAAGGAUAUUUUGAAUUUUUGUGGUAUUUUUUGUGGUUUGUGAUCAUGGUUAAAAAAACAAAAGAA